AUGAUGCCCGAUUCCACUGAUUACGAAGCGUGGUUCAUGCAGGCAGAAGAGGUAAGAAAGCAAGCAGAGGACGAUACCAGCCAGGCAGUGGAGCAUAUGCGGGAAAAAAACUUUGAGACUCGAGACCACGCCUGUAAAAGUGAUGCACAGGCACAUCUACGGAUUUGGGAGAAGACUUCAGGUCACAUAGUCCCUGGAAGUGAAGAUCACCCAAACAGUGUUCUCGGCGAGGGUCCGUCCGGCUCGAAUCAUGACUCUUCACAAAGCAACCCACAAACAUUUCGAGCCGACCAAUAUCGUCCUCAUAUUUAUGGAUUCUGCACACAAAGCUGCCUCCUUGGCCUGCAACAGGGCGGCAUAUUGGAUAUUCACUGCCCUAAUGUGAAGUUCCACCAGCAUGAGGAUCAGGGGAAUCAACAUCCAAUCAGUGCCCAAGACUUGGUUCAGAUACUUGAGCAGCAGCUUGGUGAGGACUUGGAUCAAGGUGUUACGCCGAUGGGAGGCUGUGGAUCGUACGCGGCGCCAUUCAAAGUCACCUGUAUUGCAUAUGGCUAUACUGUUUUCGCUAAAGGAACAACGUCACGACGCUGGAAAAGGGUAUCACGCGAAGCCGUCAUUUACCGUAUUCUCCAGCGAUUACAAGGAUCUGCCGUCCCCGUCUUUCUCGGAAAGAUCAAUUUGGCCAUGACGUACUUCCUGCAUGGCGCAGGUGCAAUUCGUCACAUGCUUCUUAUGGGCUGGGGAGGCGAGAAUAUUGAAAAUGUCCAGUGCGACAGGACCGUCCAAGGUGCCGUCUCACAGGCUAAAGAGGAAAUUCUUUCUUUAGGUGUCUUGCAUCAGGAUCUUCGAUCAGCACACAUUCUGUGGAAUACUGAGCUGCAAAAGGCCCUGAUCAUCGAUUUCCGUCGAUGCAAAUUAGAUCCACUACCGAGGCAUAUGCGACCCCAGCCUCCCAAGAGACAACCACACGAGUUGGAACUUCCAUUAACAAAACGCCUACGUAAUGCCUGA